AUGCCUCCUUUAUUAGAAUUAGAAAACUUAAAUUAAAAGAAAUUGGGUAUCUUGGAAUUAGAAUCUAAUUAUGGCAUAUUCUUUAAGAUAUUUGUGAGAAGCAUUCAAGUACCCAGAUCCAUGGUUGGAGAGCAAACUUUUGCUAAUCAAUUGUUUAGAUUUUCCGCAUCCAUAACUGAUUUAAGCUAUUCAAGUUAAAAUACAAUAGAUCGCAUAAUUUGGGUCUUCUUUUUGUUUAUAUAGUAUUAUUAAUAAUAGGAUACUUUUGUCUAAAAGAAGAAAUUGUAACAUCUGGAAAGUGGCAAUAGUUCAUGUGAAGGAAUUUAAUAUUUCUUUAAACCAAACUUUUUUAAAUAUUUAUCACUCCGUUUUUGGGUUGAUGCUGUUAAUUAGGUAAUAUUUCAAAUGAAUUUUGGUUUGGCAAAUCUAUGCUUAUAUGACAGCUAUGAGGAGGUAGAUUCAGAAAUAUUUGAGGAAAAAGAGGUAGGAAUUGAAUGA